CUUAUGGGAGACUUAGUGUGCUGUCAAUAAUUGUUCAAAAUAGAUUUUUAAAUCGCUUGUCUUUGCAAAAUAUAAAUUUCUGUAAUAAUGGUUGAUAAUAUGGAAAUAAUAAAACCAGUAAUAACUCGAGAAAUGGUUAGAAUCUUGCCAAGUGUAACAGAUGAUAGGAUAACAUUGCCCGACACAAUAGACGACAUUGUAAAGGAUUCAGAGAAAGCCGAUAAAUCUGAGUCUCAAGAAGAAGAAAACACGGAGAAAACGUCGGAAUCCGCUGAAGAGGAAGAGGACGAGGACGAAGAACCAAAGCAGUCCGAGAAAGAGGAAAUAAAGUACGCCUGGAAUGCACCCUGCAUGAUGGUUCUCUUCGAGGACGGUGAUCUCAACUGCGCCCUUCAUCAUUUAGUGGAAUCCCUCCAAGAUCCGUUCGCCUUAGACGCAGUUGCUGUGCUUUUGGUACAGGAAAGCUUAGUAGAGGAACUCGAAGGUCGAAUAGUGACCUUGAUGAAACCAUUAGAUUCCAGGGUGGCCAAUCAUCCCUGCUAUAAGCGCACUUUGCUCAAAAUUUCCGAACUGAAACCCAAAACUAUAAUCGGCCCUCCUGAAUCUGUACUCCCUGAUGCCACGCCCAUGCUGGUGCGGGAUGUUCCCCACAAGUUCUUGGGCGUAGGACCCACUGGCGUUAUAACCAUGCACAUAUUUCGUACGCCCUUCGAGGCCACUCAGAUAUAUCGAAAGGAGUACCCCCUGCCAAUUGCAUCGGUUAGCAUCUGGAAUGAAAGGGUAUCGAGUGUCUACGAAGUUGUGGGCUUAAUGAACCACUUCGAUACCUUUAAGGUGAACUGCUUUAGAGUGAGCAUGGAGCCCAUUAAACGGGCGUUCGAGCUGCGAAAAUACAGUGCCUGCAUGCAUCAAGGUUAUCACUAUGAAACGCUGCUCAUUAAUGGCGAGCGAAAGAUAGUCAUAUUUCCGGUGGGAUGCAUAUUUGGUAACUGAAGUGUAAUCUCAAAAUCGAAUUUAUUAAAUGAAAAUUUGUCGAUUAA